CGGCUGGCGAUAGAGGCGGGACGCGCGACGUCAGGCCGCCUCCAUUCAGCAGUCGCAACGUACCAGGGCGAAUCGCUGUCCUAUGCUGCGGGAGUACAUGCGAAUAUCGACGUACAAUGGAAAUGGUGGUCGUGUGGUCGCUGUGCGCCGUGCUGUGCCUAGCGGUGCCGACUCAGCUGGAGGCGGCCCAGGUGCUGGGGCUGUUCCAGGCGGGAGGGCGCAGCCAGUGGGGGCUGGCCGAGACCUUCCUGAGGGCGCUGGAGCGGCGGGGCCACCACGUCACAGCCGUCACCACCUUCCCCUCCAGUCGCGCGGACGGCAACUGGACAGAGAUACUCAUACCAAACCCACUCGUAGGUGACUUCAACACUUUCGAAAUGUUGGUGACAGAUUUUGUCGGAACGCUGAAGUUAUUUUCUGACGCUGCCGUCAUAAUGUGCCACACGUUUCUGGGAGACGAAAACGUACAGAAUCUGUACAGGUCUGGAAGGAAGUUCGACGUCGUUAUACUGGAGCCCUUCCCUGCCGAGUGCCUGCUGGCGUUCGCGCACAAGUUCGGAGCGCCCGUGGUGGCGCUGUCCACCUUCGCAGGGACCGACUGGAUAGCCGAUAUGGUGGGCAACCCCACCCCAUACUCUUACGUCCCCAACGUCUUCCUUGAACUUACAACACGCAUGAAUUUCCUCGAACGGGUACAGAACACCUUGGCUGGUAUAAUUCCAAGUAUUGUUCGGCAACUAUAUUACCUGCCGAAGCUUGAUGAGAUUGUACGAAUGUACCUGAAUGACACGGAAUUGCCCAAGUUGUCGGAGAUCGAAAAACAAGUAUCUCUGUUACUAAUUAACUACCACUUCACGCAUGGAUGUCCAAGACCACUUGUGCCAAACAUGGUGGAAGUUGGAGGUCUCCACAUAAAAACACCGAAGGCUCUUCCUGAGGACAUCCAAAGCUUUCUGGACGGCGCAGAAUCCGGCGCCGUGUACUUCAGUAUGGGCACCAACGUGAAGAGCAGUGAUUGGCCGGAGGAGAAGCGGGCGGCCUCCCUGAGGGUGUUCUCCAGGCUGGAACAGCGCGUGCUCUGGAAGUGGGAGGCCGACUCGCUUCCAGGCCAGCCCCCGAACGUCAAGAUAGGCAAGUGGCUGCCGCAGUCGGACAUUCUCGCCCACGAGAACGUGCGCGCCUUCAUAACGCACGGCGGCCUGCUGAGCACGCAGGAGGCGACGGCGAGGGGUGUGCCACUGGUGGGCAUCCCCGUCUUCCUGGACCAGAAGCUCAACGUGGCGCUCGCCGCCAGGCAGGGCUUCGCCGUCAGGCUGGACGUCCACAACAUCACCGAGGCCUCCAUACAGUGGGCGCUCACCGAGGUGCUCACAGUCCCCAGGUACCGUGAGAGAGCCCAACACCUGUCGCGCAUCUUCAGCGACCGGCCGACGCACCCUCUGGACGAGGCGGUCCACUGGACAGAGUACGUGAUCAGGCACCAGGGGGCGCCCCACCUCAGGUCGGCCGCGCUCCGUCUCUCGUGGUACCAGUACCUGCUGCUAGAUGUCGUCGCUGCGCUGCUGCUCUUGUUCCUCGUGGUCGCUUUUGUCAUACGAGCUAUCAUCAGGCGUCUGUGCAGAGUUACACCUCAUCCAAAUCGAUUCGGAUCGCGUGAAAAAUUUACCAAGAAAGACUAAUUGUGUCGUGCUUGUCGCAGGAAAUUCUUCACAGUGUCUGUGUGUUCGUCUUUGUUUGGUCUCACCAUUCCUGUCUACAUCUUAUGAUAAUAAGAAGACACCAUUUCCCCUCGCCAUUAACGACAAAGGAUAGGAAUGGUCGGUGCGGUGCCGAUCACGGGCCAAUUGAUGAUGAGCAAGCAGAGAAGAGAUGCACUGAUUUGUGUGAUUUUUGGCUUAGGGCAUGCGGCACCCAUACCCACAAUUUCUGAACCCUCAUGCACGCAAAUUCGCGCGAUGGUGGAAUGAUCACAGUCCAUGUCAUUUGCCAAUUCUCGAGUACAGUGACGCAGAUCACUGUGGAUUAAUGAGACCAAAGGAUCUCCAUCAAUCCCCGAAGGUCUUCCUGGACAUGGAAGUCACUAAUGUGAUAACGAGAAAACGAUUUUCUUGCUGUGCUCUGUCCAGUGGCAUUAUCCCCACACACAGCACGAAUGUUUCUGGCUGAUUCAGCUGCUGUCACCCUAUACCGAACUGAAACAUAGGACUGUGUCAGAAAUAUUCCGAUUUCCCCACAUUAAACUACAUUUUCUAGCAUCCACAGCCUCACUUGCUACCUCCAGACGCUAAAGUGACAAUAUGUAAACCCAAAUAGAAACAGCGAUAAAAAAUGAAAAAUGACAAUCCAUAAAUAAACCAAUAGCAACCGUAAUACCAAUAUGCGAAACUAAAACGCUACGAAGUUAUGCACCAACUUAAUAGAAAACAUUGGUGUGUGUUGUGUCAAAGAAAUCUUCAAAUGUUGUGUUGAAAACUAGUGUGCAAUAAUUUUUUUCAUUGCCAGGAGAAUAAAUGUGUUGUUGGUGCUUUGUUA